AUGCUCAACUUUGCCUGUCCCUCCUCUCUCCCCAUUAUCAUAUUCCUCCUCCCUGCUCUCUUCGUCUCUUACAUCUUGUACAAAUAUCUGAAGAAUCCUCUCCGUCAUGUCCCAGCAGCUCAUCCCUUAGCUCCUUUCACUUCUCUCUGGAUCCUCUACAUUCGAUUGUAUGCCAUUGAGAACCGAACAUUGAAAGCCGCGCAUGAAAGGCUCGGCCCUGUUAUCUGUCUUUCACCCGAAGAAAUCAGUGUGAAUUGUGUAAAGGGAGGAAUUCGGGAUGUAUAUGCAGGCGGGAUGGAGAAGGGCGAAGAGGGUAAAUCCGUGGUAACGUCCUCUUCAGCGCUGCAGGCUCAGUCCUCAGCUAUCCUCUACAACCGCUUCCUACCUUUCCUAUCUUCGAUAUUAUCCCAGGCUAAUCCAGGUGUCUUGAAUAUCUAUGCGCUUUUAAGCGCUACUACCAUGGACAUUGUAACAUCCUACAUCUUUGGACUAGCGUCUGGCUCGAAUUUGAUCGAUAAUCCAGACAAGUUAGAUAGGUUCCUAGACCUCUACAACUCGCGGCGAUCGCACAACUUCUGGCCCCAAGAACUACCGAGGUUCACCAAGGCAUUGCAGAAAUGGGUUGGGUAUAGGCUGGUACCUAAGUGGGUAGAGGAAGCCAAUGCAGAGAUUGAGGGGUGGACGAAAGGAAUGUGUGACAAUGCCAUAAAAGUAUUGCGACAGUCAGGAGUGAAGACAAAGGAUAUCCCAAUAGUGUAUCAACGACUCUCCACCGCACUUUCUAGGGAGGCGAAGAAUUCGGACAACGAAAAGGCCGACUUGACAUUGUCGAUUGCAUCCGAGGUCCUGGAUCAUCUUGCUGCAGGUUUCGAUACGUCAGGUAUCACACUUACUUACCUUAUUCACGAGUUGUCACUCCGACCCGAUGCUCAGUCUAGGCUCCGAAGUGAACUCCUCACACUAUCUCCACCCUUGAGUCCCUCUUCAGCACCCACACUUCCGGACCCUAAAACAGUUGACACCCUGCCCCUCCUGCAUGCUGUGAUAUGGGAAACCCUGCGUCUUCACCCAGCUAUUCCUGGUCCUCAACCCCGUGUCACUCCUCUCUCGGGUUGCCAUCUCGGUCCCGAAGAAUGUAGCUUUUACAUCCCUGGGGGUGUUCGGGUCAGUGCGAGCGCAGGCCUCCUUCACAUGAAUGAGGACGUUUACCCCGAAGCAACCCAGUGGCGACCAGAGCGAUGGCUCGAGGACGUUAGUGAAGAGAAAAGGAAGGACAUGGAGUCAAGAUGGUUCUGGGCUUUCGGAAGGUUAGGAAGAAACUUACUUUUGGAAACAGUGGCGGAAGAAUGUGUGUUGGAAGCCAUUUGGCGAUUUACCUAUAUCGUCGCAGCCCUCUAUUCAAACUUCACCACGACCAUCGUUGACGACACAGAUAUCGAGCAAUCAGAUGCCUAUACGGCUCCUCCUAAGAGCGACAAACUCAUGAUCAAACUCUCGCAUGUGAAAUCCGGAUAA